ACUCGGCCUCCCCCAUCCCCCGGUAACGGUCGCUGGUGAGUUUAAAUGAGCCGGGGCUGGCCGGGCUGGAGCUGCUACGGGGGGGGCCUGAGGCACUGCAGAAAGUGGGUCUGAGCCUCGAGGAUGACGGUGCUGCAGGAACCUGUCCAGGCUGCUAUAUGGCAAGCACUAAACCACUAUGCUUACCGAGACGCAGUUUUCCUCGCAGAACGACUAUAUGCAGAAGUACAUUCAGAAGAAGCCUUGUUUCUACUGGCGACCUGUUACUACCGCUCAGGAAAGGCCUAUAAAGCCUAUAGACUCUUGAAAGGACACAGUUGUACCACCCCGCAGUGUAAAUACCUGCUUGCAAAAUGUUGUGUUGACCUCAGCAAGCUUGCAGAAGGGGAACAAAUCUUAUCUGGUGGAGUGUUUAAUAAGCAAAAAAGCCAUGACGACCUUGUCACUGAGUUUGGUGAUUCAGCUUGCUUCACUCUUUCCUUGUUGGGACAUGUAUAUUGCAAGACAGAUCGGCUUGCCAAAGGAUCAGAAUGUUACCAAAAGAGCCUUAGUUUAAAUCCUUUCCUCUGGUCUCCCUUUGAAUCGUUAUGUGAAAUAGGUGAGAAGCCAGAUCCUGACCAAACAUUUAAAUUAACAUCUCUACAGAAUUUUAGCAGUUGUCUUCCCAACACGUGUACAGCUCUAGUAUCUAACCACAGUUUAUCUCACAGACAGCCUGAGACAGUCCUUACAGAAACUCCCCAAGACACGAUUGAAUUAAACAGACUGAACUUAGAAUCUUCCAAUUCAAAGUACUCCUUGAAUACAGAUUCCUCCGUGUCUUACAUUGAUUCAGCUGUAAUUUCACCAGAUAACGUCCCCCUUGGAACUGGUCCUUCCAUAUUAUCUAAACAGGUUCAAAAUAAACCAAAAACUGGUCGAAGUUUAUUAGGAGGACCAACUGCUCUUAGCCCAUUAACCCCAAGUUUUGGGAUUUUGCCAUUAGAAACCCCAAGUCCUGGAGAUGGAUCCUAUUUACAAAACUACACUAAUACACCUUCUGUAAUUGACGUGCCAUCCACCGGAGCACCUACUAAAAAGUCCGUUGCAAGAAUGGGCCACACUGGAGCGAAGUCUGUCUUCUCACAGAGUGGGAACAGUCGGGAGGCCACACCGGUGCUCGUUGCCCAGACACAAAGCUCUGGCCCACAAACAAGUACAACACCUCAGGUAUUGAGCCCCACUAUUACAUCUCCCCCAAAUGCAUUGCCUCGAAGAAGUUCCCGCCUUUUCACUAGUGACAGUUCUACAACCAAGGAGAAUAGCAAAAAGUUAAAAAUGAAGUUUCCACCUAAAAUCCCAAACAGAAAAACAAAAAGUAAAACUAAUAAAGGAGGAAUAACUCAACCCAACAUAAACGAUAGUCUGGAAAUUACAAAAUUGGACUCUUCUAUCAUUUCAGAAGGGAAAAUAUCCACAAUCACACCUCAGAUCCAGGCAUUUAACCUACAAAAGGCAGCAGCAGAAGGUUUGAUGAGCCUUCUUCGUGAAAUGGGAAAAGGUUAUUUAGCUUUGUGUUCAUACAACUGCAAAGAAGCUAUAAAUAUUCUGAGCCACCUACCUUCUCACCACUACAGUACUGGCUGGGUCCUGUGCCAGAUUGGACGGGCUUAUUUUGAACUUUCAGAAUACAUGCAGGCUGAAAGAAUAUUCUCAGAAGUUAGAAGGAUUGAGAGUUUCAGAGUUGAGGGUAUGGAGAUCUACUCUACAACACUCUGGCAUCUUCAGAAAGAUGUUGCUCUUUCGGUUCUUUCAAAAGAUUUAACAGACAUGGAUAAGAAUUCACCAGAGGCUUGGUGUGCUGCAGGGAAUUGUUUCAGUCUACAACGGGAGCAUGAUAUAGCAAUUAAAUUCUUCCAAAGAGCUAUCCAGGUGGAUCCAAAUUAUGCUUAUGCCUAUACUCUAUUAGGACAUGAAUUUGUGUUAACUGAAGAACUAGAUAAAGCAUUAGCAUGUUUUCGAAAUGCUAUAAGAGUAAAUCCCAGACAUUAUAAUGCAUGGUAUGGUUUAGGGAUGAUUUAUUACAAGCAAGAGAAAUUCAGCCUCGCAGAAAUGCAUUUCCAGAAAGCACUUGAUAUCAACCCUCAGAGUUCAGUUUUACUUUGCCACAUUGGAGUAGUUCAGCAUGCACUCAAGAAGUCUGAGAAGGCUUUGGAUACCCUAAACAAAGCCAUUGUUAUAGAUCCCAAGAACCCUCUAUGCAAAUUUCACAGAGCCUCAGUUUUAUUUGCAAAUGAAAAAUACAAGUCUGCUUUACAAGAACUUGAAGAACUGAAACAGAUUGUCCCCAAAGAAUCCCUCGUUUACUUCUUAAUAGGAAAGGUUUACAAGAAGUUGGGUCAAACUCAUCUCGCCUUGAUGAAUUUCUCUUGGGCUAUGGAUUUAGAUCCUAAAGGAGCCAAUAAUCAGAUUAAAGAGGCAAUUGACAAGCGCUACCUUCCAGAUGAUGAGGAGCCGAUAACCCAGGAGGAGCAGAUCAUGGGAACAGAUGAAUCCCAGGAGAGCAGCAUGACAGAUGCAGAUGACACUCAACUUCAUGCAGCGGAAAGUGAUGAAUUUUAACUUGUGGAAGUCAGACUCUGACUGUGGCUAGUGCUGACAUGUUUCUGUCCCUCCAUACACUUGAGUCUCAACUCUUGAGCCGCUAUUGCCGUCGUUUGUCACCUAGACCAUGAGUGCCGCUUUCAUUGGACCCUGACUGCACAGAAUGGAAGGCAGUGCAAUCCUUAGCUGCUAACAAGACUGGCUCUUUUACCAGUGUGAAUGACAAUUUGGGGGAGGGGUGAGGAACUUUUCUUUUUUUCUUUAAUCUCCUCAGUUGGAAAUCUAUCAUGGAAGGAAGAGUUAUGUUUUAUCUUGAAGGAACCGUUAGAUAUGGGAAUGGUGAUGAACCAGAAUUUCUUGGUCAUUUUUCCAAAAUUGUUUUUUAUUUGGUUCUAUUCCUGAUAAACAGAGUGACUGACCUUCAUUUCUAGGUUCUUCAAGAAUGGUGUUAGCAAGUGCCAGAUGGAACAAUAAAAGACGUUGCCUGUAACAGAGUAAAGUUCAUUGCCAAGGAAAUAGCUUACCUUAAGCAAAUGCAGUGGGCCUGUUUGGACUCAUAUGUAGGAGUCAAAUAUCCCUCCAUACAGUGUACACUUUAAUGUCUAACCAAGAAUUUUAAUUUAUUAUCUUGCUUCAAAGUGUUGAUCAUUGCUGUCUUGGUAUUGGAAACUUUAAAAUUGGUCUUGACAAUACUGGCUUUACUCUUUGAGCUCGGUGGGAUUGCCUUCAACACUCAAGAGAUGGUAGAGUUUUUCCCGGAUGAAAAGCCAAGCAGGCCCUUAAUAACCACUGUGUUUACCAGAAGAAUCAGUAUGAGAACACUAAAGAGAGACCUUCGAGAUCAUGGUGAAGAAGCCUUAAUACAGUUGGAGCUGUACCUAACCGUGAGUCUGCCUCUUUCCCAGGAGUGCAAGAACGUGUGGUGCCCUCUGUGGAGGUCAGGGCCGUUCUUUUCAGCUCUCUGCUUCGUAUUGUCAGUGUGAGUCACCACAACUUGUAAUGAGCGUCAUUAAUUGGGUUUAAAAAUACUGAAAAUUUUUAGCCUAGGGAAAAGUUUCUUAUGAAAGAGACAUUCUCUUCUGAGAUCAUCAUAAUAUGGGUUUGUGUGUUUGGGAACUGGCCACAAUUUUAAAGAUCUAAUUAUGCAUAUAAAAUGGGAAUUAUUGGAAUUUCACAGGAACAGAUUUAAACAGUCUUAAAUUGUGUAUCUCCUUUAUUGUAAUGUAUUGAAAAUUUUAGAGAAACUUUAGUUAACAUUUUAUUAAGUGCCAAUGUCAGAAUAUAACAAAUUAUAGUUUCUUAUGAGUGACAGGCCUACAGUUAUUAUUUUGGAAUAUUUGAUGAAGGAAAAGCUUACCCACUGGUUACUUGUAUAUGUAAGUCAAACUGUGAAGAUAAGGUGGAUUACAAAAGCUGUGGAAAGAAUGUUUUAGCCUGUAGACUCAGUCCUUUCCUGUCAGUUACUUAAUCUCCUCAUGCAGAUGUGAAUUAGAUGCCACUAUAAAGUCCAAGUCUUGGGUUAGGGAUUAGAUGCCAGGGAAACAUUUCCUGCCUAAAUCUAUGUAUGUGUGCCGUUCAAAAAAAAAUAAUUUAUGUGGAAAAGGAAAGUUGGGAAUAAAUGACUAUCAUAAAAAAUUCCCAUAGGCUAGCACUUCAAUUCCAUUUUAUUGUUCAUUAGUUAUGUAAAGCUUAAUUUUCAUUUCUUUUAUUUUUUUAAUCAGCGAAUCAUAAGACAGCUAUAUACAUAUAUAUUACAUCAUCAGAUCUAGAGUUUCAUAGAAGGCUUUACCCUGAGUUCUGUUGCAUACCUAGAGAAAGCCAAGCUCAGAGCAGAAUUGUCAGAGUGUAAUUAUCUUCUUUUAGUAGGAAUUUAUGUCCUGUGCCAGAGGAACUUUCUGGUGCUGAUUUCAAGACAAAGGAAGGGGUCAUUGUAGUUGUGGCUGUGGCUGGCUGAAAGGCAGGUACACAGACACUUGGCCUGCUGGCACUUUCCUCACUCCUGCUUCUGACAGCAUUUACAUAAGGAAGCCUUAUUUCCACAUAGUGACUGUUUCUUGGGUUUCUUUUUCUUUGUGUCUUUGCUCUUUUUUUUUUUUUUUUUUUUUUAAUUUCUUUUUCACAGAAUAGGGAUCAACUAAACAAACACAUUUUGGUAAGCAAAUUGUUUCAAAUUUCAGACCUUGCUUUGAAGGAAAUUAAGAAUACUAAAGACUUCACCGUCUUUUUCACACCUAUACAUAAGUAUAUGGAUACAAAUACACACAGUCACACAGAAGUAUAUUAGAGCAUUGGAUUUCAUUUUCCUCAUGGAAAUGGUUAUUACUAUACCAGGAUGUAUAUUUUUUUCAGGAGAACAGAUGGUACUCAGAAUAAGGAAAGGUGGGUCUCUUAACUUUUCCUGUAUUUCAUUACUUACAUUUUUUAUUUUAUCCAAGAACUGCAAGUAACAUUUGAACCAUGCUGCUGUUGUACCUUAAAAACUCAGUGAUAACCAGUGUUUAGUCGAUUAAAAGCACUCUUUUCGAAGAAAACAGUUUUAAAGUCUCUGAUUAGCCAGAGUACAGUUUGGGUCUUCACUGAGAAAAAUGAUGGCCCAUUUUCUUUGGGAAACCCUGGGAAAUGCAAGUGUGGGUGUGCCAUGUGUGUUCUAUUUGCAUUGAAACAAUGUACCUUUGUGUCGUCUUUUUGCUUUUCCUGACUUAUUUCAGAAAUUGUAUAGUCUUUGGGGGGGAAAAAGUCUUUUCUGUUAAUAUAUUUACAGUUCAUUAAAGGAUAUGGAAAAUCCAAAUAAAUUACUUUUGAAAGCAGUUUAUAAUCAAGGUGUUAAAGCUAUGUAAAAGCUGUGUCAUCUGCAUUUUUAUAGUGAGUCACAGCAGCAUAGUAAUGAAAGAUCACAUUUUAUGUUCUACAGGAGCCUAGGACAAUGUUUCUCUAAUUUUUACUUACACUUUUUAAUAUAUAUAUAUUAAAAUUCAUACCCUUUUUAGUAUUAUUUGGAAUUUCAAAAUAAAUAUUAUGACAAAAAA